UCCAUUUUUUUUGUACCAGCCUACUCCUGACUACUAAAGAAGUUCUUUGUGUUGGGCUCCUAUGUUGACUGCUUUACCUCUCCAAGCACCUUCAGCAUGCAUGAGGAAGAAAUAUACACCUCUCUUCAGUGGGACAUUCCAACCUCAGAGGCCUCUCAGAAGUGUCCAUCCCUUAGCAAAUGUCCAGGAACAUGGUGUAUUGUGACGGUGAUUUCCUGUGUGGUCUGUGUGGGCUUACUAGCAGCAUCCAUUUUCUUGGGCAUCAAGUUCUCCCAGGUGUCCUCUCUUGUAAUGGAGCAGCGGGAAAGGCUCAUCCGACAGGACACAGCAUUGCUGAACCUCACAGAGUGGCAGAGGAACCAUACACUGCAGUUAAAAAGCUGCCAAGCCUCACUACAAAGAUCUCUCCGUUCAGGCAGUAACUGCAACCCUUGUCCACCGAACUGGAUUCAGAAUGGAAAAAGUUGUUACUAUGCCUUUGACCGCUGGGAAACGUGGAACAACAGUAAGAAGAGUUGUUUAAAAGAGGGCGAUAGUCUCCUUCAAAUAGACAGCAAAGAAGAAAUGGAGUUUAUCAACCUCAGUAUAUGGAAGCUCAAAGGAGGAUAUGAAUACUGGGUGGGAGUGUUUCAAGAUGGACCCAGUGGAUCUUGGUUUUGGGAAGAUGGCUCUUCUCCUCUCUCUGACUUGUUGCCAACAGACAGACAGCUAUCAGCCAGCCAGAUCUGUGGAUACCUCAAAGACCAUACUCUCAUCUCGGAUAACUGCAGUAACUGGAAAUAUUUUAUCUGUGAGAAGAAGGCAUUUGGAUCCUGCAUCUGAAAGAUACAACUCAAAGCUACCUGCUACACAAGUGUUCGAAAGAGGUCAGAGAGCAAAUGCAGGAGGAGGUUGGUGUGAGGCCUACAAAGGCAAACUUGCUUUUUCAUAUGAACUUGGCAAUAUUCUAUAAUGCUUUGAAAAUUUCAGUUGACCUUGUCCAUUGUACCCAGGAGAAAAUUGAUUUAGGGCUACAGAAGACCUGACUCAUUGAGAACAAGGAAGAGAAAAUCAUUUCCCGUCUGUUUGAAAGUCCAAAGUGACUAUCCAUACCGCACAGACAUCUAGCUGUCUUUGUAGGAGUUUUUACAGUAAUCCCUGGUUUGCUUUUUUUUUUAGUAAACAAUUCUACCUACUAUACUUACAACUGACCAAGGAUCACAGAAUUUCUUUACUGAGAGCUUUUCUUCAGAUCAGCUUCCAGUCAUGGUGUAUCAUAAGAUUACACACUGAGAGGAGAGAGAUGGAAUUCUAAAUGGUAGUGUUACCAGCAAUCACAUACUAGGGGGACUUAGGUGCUAGAUAAAAAUGAGCAGAAUGGGGCCUCCAGUAUUGGUAAUAUUCUUCUGAGACUCAAGGCCUAGGAGGCUGAAACUCACGGAUAUAGAGAUUUACAGUUUCUAACCCUUGGAGCUAGGGGAUUAUUGCUCUAGGAUCUGAAUGCUCAGGUUAAAGGCUUAUAGCUUUUCGUUUUAAUCAGUACUGACUCCAGAUCUUGACAGCUUUCACAAUCCCUGACCUUUAGCUGUAGCCUUAGACAGCAGUCAGUAGCAGCAGGCAGCUCCCACUGGUCUUAUAAUUCUUGGAUGGCUGUAGGGUGAUGGGCAUUAACUCUGCAGUGACCACUAUUACAGUCCUCUGAUCUAGAAUGUGGGAAUCUCUCGUCAGCCUCUGUUGGCUGUUAGUGUUGCAGCUCUCAGUAUAGAUUUUCUGUGAUCCUUGGUCCUAAAGACUGCAGCUCCUUGACACUCUUUCAGGUCCCCAAGCCCAUGUUUCUCCUCUCUGGUUUGCCACACAGCCUUCUGUGUUUAUUCAGACUUGAGUUUCUGCCUUCUUUCUUCUUGUCUCUGACUCUACCAUUCCUUGGCAUCUCUCUGAUUCUUCUGCCCCACGCUUUCUGUCAUGGCCCCUCUCUGGAAUUCUUCAGCUGUUCUUUUGUCUCUCGACUGCCACUGCCACUGCCACAGUGGCUGCUGUCACCACCAGAGCCGCUCGCUUGCUUGCCUUUGCAACCAUCUUGUGCUUCUGCGUCUUCUCUUUGUGUUAACGGCUCAGGCCACUCCUCUAAUGAUGCAGAGCAAAAGAGCCAAGAGAAAGGGCCAUUCAGGAAGUCUUUUAUUGGUCCUAAUGUUGCAGCUUCAGGAGUGUCAGAGGAGGGGGUGUUCUGGCUGACUCUAAAGCUGAACCAAACAGGUUAUUUUAUAGAUAAGAAGGAGGUGUGAUAAGGGUGUGUGUCCCUUCACAGCAGCCCUUCAAGGACUGUGUUUGUACCAUCACAGCACAGACUACUGUUUAGACAGUCACAGGUCUUUCCCUAGGGCCGUGAUCGGAAAUGCGCCCCCUCUGGCCUGAGAGAGAACAGCUGCAGGAUCUCUGGGUCUGUGUUGUUUGCCAAGACUUCUCUUUCCAUAGGCUGUUUUGGUGGUGUGAGCAGUUCCGACUGGAGCCUGUCUUCAGUCAUGGAGUGGUGUAUUCUUCAGCUUCUUUACCUCAGAGUAAAAUGGCCAAACUGCUGGACUGUCAUUGAGGGCAGUCUGGCCAGUUGUUUGUAAACAGGCUGCUUGGUUGGUAGCUUAAAUCAUUCAUUCCCAGACAUUAAAAGUGUGCUUACAAUAAAUACUUAAUAAAACCCCACUGUAUUACAAGUCUAAUAGCAUUUGACAGUACUUAAUAAAAAUGAACAUUUAGCGGGAUUUAACUUCUGCCCCAAAGCUGUAGAAUCAUUGAAUCCCUCUCAUCUGUCUCAGAAGGAAACAGGGUUCUACUCUCUGUGGAUUGUGCUUUUCAGACUGCAGAGUUCUGCUGGGAAAGAAACUAUUAGAAUUUCACGUAGGUAAAGGAAUAGGCUAGACAUCUGCACGUCCCGUUGUGUAGGCGGGACCUCCCAUCUUAUUGCUCACGAAUCAAACGGCUCUGUCUGCACUGACAGGAUGAACUACCUAGCACUUCUAACUGACGGUCCCCGUGCCUCAACUUCCCUGCUAUAAAACUGUAAUAUGAUUCACUUCAAAAUAUCGCUUAAGAAUGUCAUCCAAAUGCUACACGCUAACUAUAGAAAAUGGUAUUUUAGGCAGGAAAGGGAAAAUUAAAAUGUGUGACAUCUACCAGAAGAAAAAUUUGCAAAUGAUCGUUAUCAUGUUCCCAUGACAUAGAUAUUUCGUGUGUCAUCUCUGUCAUACUGCAUAGCAUGCUCUUAAUAAAUAUUUGCUAAAUUC